AUGGCUAGAAAAGUUCUGUCGAUCCAGUCGCAUGUUGUGCAUGGCUACGUCGGCAACAAGGCCGCGACUUUCCCAUUGCAGUAUCGAGGCUGGGACGUUGAUGCUUUGAACACUGUGCAAUUCUCGAAUCACCCCGGCUACGGACAUUUUAAAGGCUUUCGAUCCGAGGCCUCAGACCUUCAGGGGAUCAUCGAGAAGGGUCUUCUGGGAGGGCUGGAUAUCCAGUAUGACGCGGUAUUGACAGGGUACUUGCCAGACAUCGAAGGUCUGCGAGCUAUAGGAAAGACGUUGAUAAAGCUCUGCGAGAAAGACCAUCGCGUGAAGUGGGUCCUGGACCCAGUUCUGGGCGACAACGGAAAGCUUUAUGUACCUGAGGAAGCGAUCCCUGUAUACCGAGAUAUCCUCACCCAUGGUGCGGUCUAUCUAGCGACACCAAAUCAGUUUGAAAUGGAAGUUUUGACGGGUGUGCAGAUCUGCGACUUAGCCUCCCUGAAGCAAAGCAUCCAGCAGUUUCACGAACUCUACCCUCGAGUCCAGAAUGUGGUGGUGACAAGCGUCAGUUUCCACUCUGCUGGCGACAGCAUUUCGGAACUUAUUUGCGCGUGCAGUGAGCAGGAGUCCAGACGGGCUCACUACUUCAAAGUUCCUAAGAUCGACGCUCAAUUUAGCGGCAGUGGUGACUUGUGCAGCGCAUUACUACUUGACUCCUUCUUGACCCAGAAUCCGGCUGCUAGGGAUCUAUGCGCUGCCCUGAACCAGGUGCUUUCGCUGGUUGAUAGCAUCCUCCUGAACACUUUUGAACUUUACAAGGCGAGUAUUGCGGCGCCACCACUCAAGAUAAACGAUCUAAGACUAAUUGAGUCCCGCGAGCUCUUGAAGCAAACCACGGCUCCUAAGUACGUUCCCAUCAAGCUGUAG